AAUUGUCUCCAAAUUCCAAAUUCCAAAUUCCAAUCUCUAAUCUUUGGUUAUUGAAAACCCCUUUGUUUAAAUUCUUCCCCUUUUCACUUUCCCAUUUCCAAUUUUUUUUUCUGGUCACCGGAAAUAUUUUCUUGAAAUUCCGGCGGUUGAUCGGAGAUGGUUCUACCGGAAAACACCAACUGGUUGUAUGACUAUAAUUAUGAAGAUAUAGUCACCCCUGAUGUCAACUUCUCAGUUUCUGGGUAUUCUUGGUCUAUGCAGGGGUUUAAUGGCUCAACUAAUGCUAGUGUUGAUAUUGAUGGCUCACUUGGUGAAUCAGACUGCCUGAAGGAAAGCGGUUGCAAGAAAAGGACAAGAGCUGAAUCAUGCACCUCGUCAAGUUCCAAAGCUUGCAGGGAGAAAUUAAGGAGAGAGAAACUGAAUGACAAGUUCAUGGAAUUGGCGGUGCUUCUUGAGCCCAGCAGGCCUCCAAAAACAGACAAGAGUGGCAUUCUUGUUGAUGCUGUUCGCGUGGUGACACAGUUACGUGGUGAGGCUCAAAAAUUGAAAGACUCAAAUUUGGAUCUACAAGAAAAGAUAAAGGAGUUGAAGGUUGAGAAAAAUGAGCUUCGAGAUGAAAAACAGAGGCUGAAGUCCCAGAAAGAGAAGUUAGAGCAACAACUAAAGACUAUGAGUGCACAACCUAGCUUCUUUCCUCCUGCCAUGCCCGGUGCUUUUGCUUCUCCAGUUCAAGCUGCAGGAACCAAGCUGGUGCCAAUCAUAAGUUACCCUGGAGUUGCCAUGUGGCAAUUCAUGCCUCCUGCUGCAAUAGAUACCUCGCAGGAUCACGUGCUCCGUCCUCCAGUUGCUUAAGUUUGCUGCUAAACCUAUCAUAAUUGACUUAACUUCGAUAUGUUGUUCUAGUUAAACGCUCUUUAGCUGUGUUAGUUUAUUCGUCGAGUCCUUUUGGUGUAUUUGGUGGAUAAUAGUAGUUCUCUUGUAAUCUUUGCACUUUUAAUGUGUUAAAUGCUGGUUUUAUCAACUGUAAAUUUUAGCAGGUUCAACCUGGCAUUUACGUAUACA